GUACCCAUCCACAUUAUACAGACCUGACCACAAUCAAUGGUAGUAAAACGUGUGACUAUGGGCCUGCCCCACUGUAAGCUGGCCCUGGCCUUUGCUGUGUUGAUGGACCUGCUGGGAUGCAGCGCCUUGUUGGUGGGAGUCUUUGUUCCUCUGGAGAUAGAUGGGAAGGACUUUGGUGACCUCCUGGUGUACACAGGGGCAGUGUUUGUGCUCAUGUCUUUGGGGGGCUGGGUGCUGUGGUACAGCGGCAACAUUGAUGGCAUCACCGCCAGCAAAGAGAUGGGCCACAUUGGCACCGCUGUGGACCGACUGGCACGCACCCUCAGCCGCAAGAUCCAUAUCCAUCGCCACAGGGGCCCUUAGGGCUGUCUGUCUAUGGUCUUCCAUUUACAAGUUGACAGGUGGAUGCCAGACAUUGGUCAAUUACCUCCUGUCUCCCUUCACCCUGAACCAUUUCAGUAAUCAUAGUCCUACUGCAGUAUUUUACAUUUGCUUUAUAGUCCAGCAGUAUUAAUGUUUGUUGGGUAAUAUAGUUUCAUGCCAAGCAGUCGAUGGACUUAACUUACAUUUAUUGACCCAAGAAUAUUACAAAUUAUUAAUGUCCAAACAUUUGUUUUGUAAUGCAUAGGCCAGUCUGUUACAUUGAUGCUUUUUGCAGAUGUGAUUUCAAAUGUUUUGUGUGGUGUAAUAUAAUGUAAUAAAACUGGCCUUACAGUCAA